GAUACGUUACGUUAUCUUUGUUUGUCACCAUCCAAGAUUAUUUCGAUUGCCGUCUAAUUAAACGUUUCGUCACGAACAUUUAUAAAUUUGCUGUUCAGUAAUCGCUAGCCAACAAUAAAACGAAGUGAUGGGAUUAGUCAGCGCUAAGAAACAAUCCUAAAACAGUAUGUGUUCAUGUUCAACUAUUAUUUCAAUUUCAUAACUUUGGCCUCAAGUACACGAUUGUCACAUUAAAUGUUUACGUGUCUUAUUAGACCGGUGUGAUUAAUAAACACAUUUCUAACGAUGAACAGAGGCAAGAACAGUAAUUCUAAAAUGGCAAGAACUGAGAUAAGUGAAGAAACAAACGGGUACAAGCUCCUAAACGGUGAAAGUAAGCCUCCAGAUAUUAAACAUGGAAAAGAAAAUUCCUGGGUGGCGGGAGUACAGAUGUUUGUGUCAUUCUUGCUCGCCGGCUUCGGUAUGGUUGCUGCAAGUCUUGUGCUUGAUGUGGUGCAGCAUUGGAAGGUGUUUGAGCAAGUAUCAGAAGUGUACAUACUAGUGCCUGCACUGUUAGGGCUCAAAGGAAAUUUAGAAAUGACAUUGGCAUCCCGAUUGUCUACUCACGCCCAUUUAGGGCACCUUGAUACAAACCUGAGCGCAUUAGUGGUAGGAAACUUGUGUUUGAUACAAUGUCAAGCUGUUCUGGUAGGAUUUCUGGCAGCUAUGGCUGCCAUAGCAAUGGGUUGGAUUCCAGAUGGACAGUUUGAUAUCCACCAUGCAUUACUGCUUGCAGCGUCAAGUGUUCUCACUGCAUCAUUUGCCAGUUUCAUCCUUGGACUGAUCAUGAUUGGUGUGAUUGUGAUUUCAAAGAAAUUAAACAUUAACCCAGACAACAUUGCCACACCAAUUGCGGCUAGUCUAGGUGACCUGACAACCUUGGCACUGUUGUCAUGGAUUGCAUCUCUGUUGUACGCAAAUAUUGGCACAAGUGUUAUACUGCCAUCUAUUAUUAUCACUGCUGGCGCAAUUCUUGUGCCAGUCUGUGGUUACAUUGCCUGGGAUAAUAAGUUCACUAAACAAGCUUUAGAUGAAGGGUGGGUGCCAGUCGUCUCGGCCAUGGUCAUCAGCAGUAUUGGUGGUUUAAUUUUAGACUACACAGUAGUUAACUAUGAGGGUAUUGCAGUAUUUCAAUUAGUUAUCAAUGGUAUAGGAGGAAACAUGGUAGCAGUGCAUGCUUCAAGACUGUCAACCGUUUUACAUACAGGUGACAAGCCUGGGUCACUUGUUGGCAAAACAACAAAAUUAUUACUUUUAAUGGUCAUACCAGGCCAGUUGAUAUUUAUAUAUACAAUAGGUUAUUUGAAAGCCGGGCACACAUCUAUGACACCUAUAUUUAUCCUCAUUUACAUGUCUGCGGCAUUGCUGCAAGUUUUCCUCUUAUUAGCAAUAAGCCACCACAUGGUUAUAUGGAUGUGGAAGAUGGGAAUGGAUCCUGACAAUUCAGCCAUACCAUAUUUGACAGCACUAGGGGACUUGCUGGGCACAGCUUUGUUGGGUGUUGCUUUUCAUAUACUAUAUGCCAUAGGAGAUAAAGACAGAGAUUUGGGAGAUUAAUGUAUAUACUUGAAAAAUGUCAAGUGGUCUUUGUUCAGUUAUUGUCUGAGGCAUAUUGUUUGUAUCUAGUGCCAUUUAAAACUAUAUCAUAGUCAUCCCUUUUGACUGAGCACAUAUCUCUUGAAUAUAUACUAAGUACAUUAAGUCAUUUUGAUUUGGUUAUUUACUAAAAUAAGUAUUUAUAGUGCUAAUAAUUGUUCCAUACCCAUUCAUAAUUUGAUAUGCUUGGAACAUAAACUUAUAUCCAUUUUUAUGU